AUGGAAACCAACAAGAAGGAUACUAGUAAGUCGCCCUCACACUCCAACGGCUCUUCUCCUUCAUCAUCUUCCCUCUCUUCAUCUUCUUCCAAAGAGAAGAAACGUCCUAAGAGACUAUCCUCUCAAAAUGUAAAUUACGAUUUGAAGAAGAGGAAAAUCAUCACUUCUGAAGGCACAGAGAGACCAUUCAAGAACGAGCACAACAGUCUUCCAUUUGAAGACAAUAUCAUGGAAGAAGAACCUAAGGAACUUCUUGAAAAGGACUCCAAAGGUAAUAUCAUAAAACUUAAUGAACCAUCCACCAUCUCGGAGGAUUCAAAGACAUCUGUCACUGGAUUACCGUUGAAUAAAGGCCCUUCUGAAAAAAUUAAGCGAGAGUCCCUUUGGAAUUAUAGGAAAAAUUUGGGAGGCCAAUCAAACGGUUCAGAAAUGACGCUAGUCCCCAGUAAAAGAUUCACUCAGGUGUCUAAAAAUUUUCAGGAUUUGAACAGAAAUGAUUUGAAAACGUUUUUAACUGAAAAUGUGACGGAAGAGAGCAAUAUAAGGUCAACCAUUGGUUGGAACAGCGAUGUAAUAAACAAGGCUCGUGACCAUGAUCCCGAGAACGACCGCGAUAAUAAAAAGCUAUCAAACGUUAGGACGAAAAUAAUACUCUCAACAAAUGCUACUUACGAUUCAAAAAGUAAACUAUUUGGGCAGAAUUCUAUCAAGUCGACCGCGAAUGCAAGUGAAAAAAUUUUCAAGGACAAAAACAAUUCAACCAUAGAUUUUGAGAAUGAAGACUUUUGUUCGGCUUGUAAUCAGUCGGGUUCCUUUUUAUGCUGUGACACUUGCCCCAAAUCCUUUCACUUUCUCUGCUUAGAUCCACCAAUUGAUCCAAAUCACUUACCUAAAGGUGAUUGGCAUUGUAAUGAAUGUAAGUUUAAAAUCCUUAUAAACAAUUCAAUGACGACUCUGAAAAAAAACGAAUCCAACUUCAUUAAACAAAACAACAACGUCAAGAUCUUCGCUAAAUUACUUUUUAAUAUCGAUUCAUAUAAUCCAAGACAGUUCCAGUUACCAAAUUAUAUAAAAGAAACCUUCCCCGCCGUGAAAACGGGUUCUAGAGGCCAAUACUCUGAUGAGAAUGAUAAAAUUCCAUUAACUGAUAGACAAUUGUUUAACACUUCAUAUGGCCAAAGCAUAACAAAGUUAGACUCUUACAAUCCGGAUACACAUAUAGAUUCAGAUUCAGGUAAGUUCUUAAUAUGUUACAAAUGCAAUCAAACAAGGCUAGGCUCAUGGUCUCAUCCAGAAAAUUCAAGACUAAUAAUGACCUGUGAUUAUUGUCAGACUCCAUGGCAUUUGGAUUGUGUACCGAGGGCUUCUUUCAAAAAUUUGGGUUCAAAAUGGAAAUGUCCUCUACAUUCUCCAACUAAAGUUUACAAAAAAUCUCGCCACUGUCAAGAGGAGAAUAAUCUACUUUACAAGGUUUGGAAAAAACAACGCUUGGUAAACAAGAAAAACCAACUUUAUUAUGAACCCUUACAAAAAAUAGGCUACCAGAAUAAUGGUAACAUUCAAAUCAUACCGACUACUAGUAAUAUGGAUUGCGAUUUCAAUCAAGAUUUCAAAAUUACUCAAGUAGAUGAAAAUUCCAUUAAAUAUGAUUUUUUUGAUAAAAUAUACAAAUCGAAAAUGGUCCAAAAAAGAAAACUGUUUAAAUUUCAGGAAAGUUUAAUUGAUAAGUUAAUAUCAAAUGCCUCUCAAAAUGGCAAUAGCGAGGAUAACAUGGUCAAAGACGUAGCCUCAUUAAUAUAUUUCCAGAUAAGUAGCCACGAUAAGAGCAGUGACAACAAUGCUUCCAAAGGAAAUAACUUAAGAAAAUUAUGGGAUUUGAAAGAACUGUCCAAUGUAGUCGUCCCAAAUGAAUUAGAUUCUAUGCAAUUCGAUAACUUUUCUAACGAUGAAGUAAAAAAUCUAUUAUAUUUAAAAAAAGUUAUCGAGUCCAAACCAAAGGAGGAACUGUUGAAAUUUUUGAACUUAAAAAAUCCUAAAAAAAAUCGAUCUGAAUAG